AUGUCAGCUCCGUCGGAGGCAUGGAGUUGUGUUUUGUGCCAUCUUACAGCAUCAGUAACUUAUGAACCGAACAAGGAAGCGCCAGAAGGUGAAUACGGCCUGCCAGAGAUGCCGGCAGCGCAAACUAGGAGUAUGGCCAUGGUUCUCGGGAUGCGGUUGAGGACUGGGCUAAUUGAAGGCUUGAACAGUCAACAUUCUUCGACGACGUCCACACACGCGGAAUCUUUAGCCAACGAUGCGGGAAGCAGACCCUCUGUUGAGGCCACGGCCGUGCUGCCGGAGAGCAGUAUCGUGGAUUUGAGCACCAUGAUAUUCUCCAAGAUGAGCCGAGAUCGCGGUAUGGAUCAUGAUACGUCGGCAUUGCCAGGCGGACACAAGAUUGCACACUUCCAACACCUCCGGGGUCGACAUUGGCGCCAGAUUGUCGAAUGGCAACUUCCACCUGAUGAUGUGCUUGAAAAGCUUGUCGACCAGUUCUUUGCAUCUGUGUUUCAUGAACGGUCAUUCCGCCAGAUGUAUGCUAACCUUGUUGCUUCCGAACAAGUCUCUUACCACGAGGAAAACUUCCUGUGGUUAAGCAUGUUGGUUGUUGGUCUUGGGGCUCAUUAUUCUUCAAUAUCCCCAUCUGCGGAACAGACUGAUCUCAACUUGCAGCAACUAUCUCAAACGCUCCUAACCAGCAUUGAGCUCCGAUACCUGCAAAUUAUCGGCUGCUCAACUUUGGAAGCGGUUCAGAUAUGCGUCCUACUGGGAAGUUUUCAUCUCUUCAAUGGCCGACCAAAUGCUGCCUUGGGAAUACUAGGAAGCGGCGUCAAAAUUGCCCAGAUCAUCGGGUUGCAUCGUGAAUCAAUGUGGAGAGGUGUGUCGAGUGUGGCCAGGGAGGCGCGGCGACGAACAUGGUGGGCUUUGGAGGUGUUUGAUAAGUAUGCGGCUAUUGCUUUCGGACGGCCAUGCAGUAUUGACGAUUCCGACUGCGAUGUUGCCAUGGUGUCCGAGCCUAGAGCCGAGACGGAGCCGUUGCUUCUGUAUCACCAGUGGAAGUUUCGACUGUAUAGAAUCAUGGGACCUUUCCUCGGCCGGCGGCUGCAAACUAAUCGGCUCGAAAACGUCAGUUCUAUACACCGUCAAUUAUCGCAGUGGCGAGAGGAAGUGCCGGCGGCCCUGAGAAUAGAGACCCACGAAACGACGUCUGAACGGCUAUCGCUGCUGGAAAUGCAAGCUCUGUCUCUACAACUCACCUAUGACAAUCUUCAAAUUAUCCUACACCGUAGCGCAGCAUUCCACAUGACGGAUGAUGCAAAGAAUGCCGAAAGCACAGGCAUUACAAAUCCCUUCUCCCACCAGCAGUUAUUUGAGUCUGCCAUACGGACAUCGGAGCUGUACAAAUAUUCGCAUGCGUUGCAAGAAUGUCGGAGGACACAUGCCAAUAUGCAUAUCGGAAUCACGCUUUUCACGGCUGGAGUUGUUCUGUGCGCGAUUUGCCUCUUUCAACCUAUGUCCGAGGUCAGUCAAAAGGCCAAGACUGGUAUCAUGCGUAUCAUUCGGAUCUGCCAGGACAACUCGUCUGCGCAACAUCUCGUCUCGGUGCAGUGUGUCAAGAUUUUGGAAGGGUUGGUUGCGGCUGUUUUGCAGCUCGAGAAUCAGGUCAUAACAGGGAGAUCGACGGAUUCUGUUGCUACUAUGGAGAUCCAAAGGGACAGAUCUGAGGGCCGAGGUGAGAGUCCUGAAGCUACUUCUCUCGGACCGGAUGCGACAGGUAGCUCUACUGUUCAUGGUUUGGGUAGACGAGAUGACCGCGCAUUGGACCCCCUGCAAGAAGUAUUCGCUCGUCAUGUACAAAGGUCUUUUCCUCCAAGGGAUUCGCAAGGGGACUUGCCGACAAGGGAUGGAGCUGUUGGCCAACAAGAGCCACAGGACUCGGAGUUGGCACCCGACCAAGUAUUAGAUCCGGCGAUGGGAUUCGAUUGGAAUGGCGAUUUGUCUCUGCUGAUGGACUCCGGACUUGGAGAUGCUAGCCAGUUGUGGCUUUGGGCGGAUUCGUUGAAUUUUGACUCGUUCACGGAAUCUAACGAGGGAAGAUGA